GGGUCCCUCCCAGGCCUGGCUUCUGUCCCGAGAGCACAGAUUCGCGCAAACCCGGAAGCAGAUCGCAUGGAGUGAUGGUCCCACCUCGGGGAUAUCUCUUCCAAAUGCAUGAUGAAGAAGUUCUUAUCCACAGGACAAGGCAAUGCAGAAGUGUUCCACACAGGGAUGUUGGAAAGACAUGAAAGUCAUCCCAUUAGAGAUUUUUGCUUCCCAGAAAUCAAGAAAGAUAUUUAUGACUUUGAGUUUCAAUGGUGAGAAAUUGAAAGAAAUGGCCAUGAAGCACCCAUGACAGAAACCAAAGAGUUGACUGGUAGUACAGACCGACAUGAUCAAAGGCAUGCUGGAAACAAGCCUAUUAAAAAUCAGCUUGGAUUAAGCUUUCAUUUGCAUCUGUCUGAACUGCAUGUACUUCAGCCUGAAUGGAAAAUUGGUAAUCAAGUUGAGAAGUCUAUCAACAAUGCCUCCUUAAUUUCAACAUCCCAAAGAAUUUCUUGUAGGCCCAAAACCCAUAUUUCUAAUAACUAUGGGAAUAAUUCCCUCUAUUCUUCAUUACUCACACAAAAAACGGGAAGUACCCAUGAGAGAAAAAUCUUUCCCAUGAGAGAAAAAUCUUUCCAAUGUAAUGAGAGUGGCAAAUCCUUUAAUUAUAGCUCACUCUUAAGGAAACAUCAGAUAAUCCAUUUAGGAUAGAAACAAUAUAAAUGUGAUGUAUGUGACAAGGUCUUUAAUCAGAAGUGAUGCCUUGUAUGCCAUAGUAGAUGUUACACUGGUAAGAAACCUUACAGUUGUUAUGAGUGUGGCAAGACCUUCAGUCAGACGUCAUCCUUUCCAUGCUAUCAUAGACUUCGUACUGGAGGGAAACCUUACAAAUGUAGUGAGCGUAACAAGACCUUCAGUUGAAAUUCAGCCCUUGUAAUUUAUAAGGCAAUUCAUAUUGGAGAGAAUCCUUACAAGUGUAAUGAAUGUGGCAAGGUUUUUAAUCAGAAAGCACACCUUGCAUGUUAUCAUAGACUUCCUACUGGAGAGAAACCUUACAAAUGUGAAGAAUGUGAAAAAGUUUUCAGUCGCAAAUCACAGCUUGAAAGACAAAAGACAAAAGAGGUGGCAUUGCCCUUGUUUUUGAGAAUGCCCUACUGUGUACUGAGUAUAAAACAAUAUGAGAGGGUCUCUCUCUUCCCUCACCAAAACCCGAAAAACGGGCUGGGAGUGAGGCUGAGAGAUGCACAAGUCCGGCCCGGCCCCGCAGUCUGCCGGUUCUAAAGGGCAGGUCUCUCCGCCUGGCGCCCCGCCCCUACCUCGCCCAGGCCCCGCCCACCUCCUCGUUGGCUCCACGGAGGCCUGGCUUCUGUCCUGUGCUUGUAGAUUCGCCCGGACCAGGAAGCGGAUCGCGUGGACUGAAAGUCACACUGCGGCGAGUCUCACUCUGUCCUCCAGGCUGUGAGUGCACUCUCAUGAUCUUGGCCCACUGCAACCUCUGUCUCCUGGGUUCAAGCGAUCCUUGUGCCUCAACCUCCCAAGUAGCUGAGAUUACAGGGAGGGGAUAUGUUGACUCUGAGCAGUAAACAACAUAUUUCUAACAUUCAGGAUUGACUUCUAAAGACUCUGGGUACGUGAGGAAGAAACUUGGAAGAGGAAGAGGAAAGCAAAGGAGUCAGGGAUGGCUCUUCCUCAGGGUCUAUUGACAUUCAGGGAUGUGGCCAUAGAAUUCUCUCAGGAGGAGUGGAAAUGCCUGGACCCUGCUCAGAGGACUCUAUACAGGGACGUGAUGCUGGAGAAUUUUAGGAACCUGGUCUCCCUGGAUAUCUCUUUCAAAUGCAUGGUGAAGGAGUUCUCAUCAAUAGGGAAAGGCAAUACAGAAGUGUUCCACACACGGACAUUGCAAAGACUUGCAAGUCAUCACAUUGGAGAAUGUUGCUUCCAGGAAAUUGAGAAAGACAUUCAUGACUUUGUGUUUCAGUGGCAAGAAGAUGAAACAAAUGACCGUGAAGCACCCAUGACAGAAAUCAAACAGUUGACUGGUAGUACAGAGCAAUAUGAUCAAAGUCAUGCUGGAAACAAGCCUAUUAAAGAUCAGCUUGGAUUAAGCUUUCAUUCGCAUCUGCCUGAACUGCACAUAUCUCAGCCUGAAGGGAAAAUUGGUAAUCAAGUUGAGAAGUCUAUCAACGAUGCUUCCUCAGUUUCAACAGCCCGAAUAAUUUCUUGUAGGCCCAAAACCCAUAUUUCUCAUAACUAUGGGAAUAAUUUCUUCCAUUCUUCAUUACUUACACAGAAACAGGAUGUACACAGGAAAGAAAAAUCUUUCCAAUGUAAUGAGAGUGGCAAAUCCUUUAAUUGUAGCUCACUCUUUAAAAAACAUCAGAUAAUUCAUUUAGGAGAGAAACAAUAUAAAUGUGAUGUAUGUGGCAAGGACUUUAAUCAGAAGCAAUACCUUGCACGUCAUCAUAGAUGUCACACUGGUGAGAAACCUCACAUGUGUAAUAAAUGUGGCAAGGUUUUUAAUAAAAAAGCAUACCUUGCACGUCAUUAUAGACGUCAUACUGGAGAAAAACCUUACAAGUGUAAUGAGUGUGGCAAGACGUUCGGUGACAAGUCAGCCCUCUUAGUUCACAAGACAAUUCAUACUGGAGAGAAACCUUACAAGUGUAAUGAAUGUGACAAGGUUUUUAAUCAACAGUCAAACCUUGCACGUCAUCAUAGAGUUCAUACUGGAGAGAAACCUUACAAAUGUAAAGAAUGUGACAAAGUUUUCAGUCGCAAAUCAUACCUUGAAAGACAUAGGAGAAUUCACACUGGUGAGAAACCGUACAAAUGUAAGAUUUGUGACAAGGCUUUCAGACAUGAUUCACACCUGGCACAACAUACUGUAAUUCACACUAGAGAGAAACCUUACAAGUGUAAUGAGUGUGGCAAGACGUUUGGUGACAAUUCAGCCCUCUUAGUUCACAAGACAAUUCAUACUGGAGAGAAACCUUACAAGUGUAAUGAAUGUGACAAGGUUUUCAAUCAACAAUCAAACCUUGCACGUCAUCAUAGACUUCAUACUGGAGAGAAACCUUACAAAUGUAAAGAAUGUGACAAAGUUUUCAGUCGCAAAUCACACCUUGAAAGACAUAGGAGAAUUCACACUGGUGAGAAACCAUACAAAUGUAAGGUUUGUGACAAGGCUUUCAGACGUGAUUCACACCUGGCACAACAUACUGUCAUUCACACUGGGGAGAAACCUUACAAGUGUAAUGAGUGUGGCAAGACCUUCGUUCAAAAUUCAUCUCUUGUAAUGCAUAAGGUCAUUCAUACUGGAGAGAAACGUUACAAGUGUAACGAAUGUGGCAAAAGUUUUAAUCACAAAUCAAGCCUUGCAUAUCAUCAUAGACUUCACACUGGAGAGAAACCUUACAAGUGUAAUGAAUGUGGCAAGGUUUUUAGGACACAGUCACAACUUGCAUGUCAUCAUAGACUUCAUACUGGAGAGAAACCUUACAAAUGUGAAGAAUGUGACAAAGUUUUCAAUAUCAAAUCACACCUUGAAAUACAUAGGAGAGUUCAUACUGGAGAGAAACCAUACAAAUGUAGGGUUUGUGACAAGGCUUUUGGGCGUGAUUCAUACCUUGCACAACAUCAGAGAGUUCAUACUGGAGAGAAACCUUACAAAUGUAAGGUUUGUGACAAGGCUUUCAAGUGUUACUCACACCUGGCACAACAUACUAGAAUUCAUACCGGAGAGAAACCUUACAAGUGUAGUGAGUGUGGCAAAGCCUUUCGUGUGCAGUCAACACUUAUUCACCAUCAGGCAAUCCAUGGUGUAGGGAAACUUGACUAAUGUAAUGAUUGUCACCAAGUCUUCAGUAACGCCACAACCGUUGCAAAUCAUUGAAGAAUCCAUAAUGAAUAGAGAUCUUACAAGUGUAGUAAAUGUGACAAAUUUUUCAGACAUCGUUCAUACACUGUAGUUCAUGGGUGAACUCAUACUGGAGAGAAACCUUACAAAUGUCAUGAUUGAGGCAAGGUCUUCAGUCAAGCUUCAUCCUAUGCAAAACAGGAGAAUUCAUACAGGAGAGAAACCUCACAAGUGUGAUGAUUGUGGCAAAGCCUUCCUUCACAUUCACACCUCAUUAGACAUCAGAGAAUCCAUACUGGACAGAAAUCUUACAAAUGUCAUCAGUGUGGCAAGGUCUUCAGUCCAAGGUCACUCUUUGCAGAAUAUCAGAAAAUUCAUUUUUGAGAUAAUAGUUCCAAAUGCAAUGAGUAUAGCAAACCAUCAAGCAUUAAUUGACACUAGAGUCAGUUCAGCAUUGACUUGAGUUUGAGUUGACUUAACAUUGAGUUCAAGCAUUAAUCGACAUUAAAGUGUUUAUGUUAAGAAGAUUAGGCUGAGUGAGGUGGCUCACACCUGUAAUGCCAGCACUUUGGGAGGCCAAGGUGGGUAGAUCUCUUGAGGUCAAGAGUUUGAGACUAGUGUGGCCAACAGGCAUGAGCCACUUUUCCCAGCCUGUUUUUUGUUUCUUUAACAAAAACAGGGAUUAUUUUUGUUGUUGUUGUUCUUGUGAGCAAUAAAGUGUUUUAAUCACCUGGGUGCAGGUGGGCUGAGUCCGAAAAGAGUCAGGGAAGGGAGAUAGGGGUGGGGCCAUUUUAUAAGAUUUGGGUAGGUAGUGGAAAAUUACAAAGGGGGUUGUUCUCUGGCUGGCAGGGGUGGGAGUCACAAGGUGCUCAGUGGGGGAGUUUUUGAGCCAGGAUGAGCCAGGAGAAGGAAUUUCACAAGGUAAUGUCAUCAGUUAAGGCAGGGACGGCCAUUUUCACUUCUUUUGUGGUGGAAUAUCAACUGAUAGGCAUUUUUAUGGGAUUGUGUUGAAUCUAAAUCACACUGGGUUAUAUAAUUAUUUAACAAUAUUAAUUUUUCCAAACUAUCAAUAUGGGUUGUAUCUCUAUGUAUGUUUUUAAUCAUUUUGAUCAACGUUUGUAGAUUUCAAGGUACAUACUUCUCAGCUUUGUACGUUUAUUCCUAUUUCUUAGUUUAAGUUCUCUAGCAAAUGGAAGUGUUUUUUAAUUUUCUUUUAAAAUUGUUUAUUCUUAAUGUAUGGAAAUUCAAGAAAUUUUUGGUGCUGAUAUUAUAUUGUGCAAAUCCACUGAAUUUAUUUAGCAGUUCUGAGGGAAGAGAGAGACCCUCUCAUAUUGCUUUAUACUCAGUACCUGUAUUAAGAAAAAAAUAAGGAAGUGGAAUCAAAGACAGGCAGCCUGGUGCCAGGCCCAAAACCAGGCCUGAGCCUGCCUGGCCUAAACCCAGUAGUUAAAAAUCAACUCAUAACUUAGAAACCAAUGUUAUUCAUAGAUUCCAGACAUUGUAUAGAAGAACACUGUGAAACUCCCUGCUCUGUUCUGUUCCACUCUGACCACUGGUGCAUGCAGACCCUGUCAUGUACCCCUUGCUUGCUCAAAUCAAUCAUGACCCUUUCAUGUGAAAUCUUUAGUGUUGUGAGCCCGUAAAAAGGACAGAAAUUGUGCAUUUAGGGAGCUCAGAUUUUAAGGCAGUCGCUUGCUGAUGCUCCCAGCUGAAUAAAGCCCUUCCUUCUACAA